AUGUGCAGACGCAGGGCUGGCGUUGGCACUUGCAGAUCACUGCUCUCGCUAAAGCCAACAUCAGACGAGUUCCCAGCUGGGGGGCUCGUCGUUGUCCUGUACUGUAGAGAUGAUGGCGUCGGCUUCCCGUCCCGCGAACCCAGAGCCACAAACCACAAUCUGCGGCACUGGCACAGCCGCUAUCUAUUACCUACCUUGUCCGCAUCCACCGGCUCCUCUCGCCUAUGCCCCGGCGCACGCGUGGCUGGUUCGAGACUUGUCGUCACUCGUCACCAACACCCGCCCGCCACCUCCACGGCAGCCUACUGUACUGUACCUCGGUCUUCGGUCCAUGCUGCAUGCCGGCCAAUGCACUUAAUUGCCUUGCAGAUAAGCCAACACCACCGAGACUCCCGUAGAGUCGCCGAAUUCCUAUCGCGGUCACUUGGCCUUGAUGAUGCGGCAACGUACGCGUGCAUGGCAGGCGGCGCCGAGCCUCUCGAUGUCAUUGAAAAGAUGGAGCAACCUGUCGCCUUCAAGGCUCCCAACGGCUUUCGGCCCCAGAUCAACUCUUGCGUGCUCAGUGGUCCGCAGGCUCCGCUUCAGGGCACCCGCACACUGAAGGAUUAUUCAGACAACCUUGAAGCUAGCAGCAUUCUUACGAAUACGGUUGUCAGCACAGGGGUGGUGAGCACCCAAGCCUGGACUGCCGAUGCUUGUGCGGCAGCCAACGAUACACGUACAUAUGCAGCAACGGACAAGUAUCCCAAUUCACACCCAAUCAAUAUACGACUGGAAGUUUGGAAUGCUCGUUUUCUCAGCUGGAUGGUCAAGUCGGCAUACGACUCGACAUGA